AUGAAGCUCAGCAGUCUCCUCACCACGGCCGUGCUCUUUUCCCAAUCCGCCGUGGCUCACUACAAGUUUCCCUCUUUGAUUGUCAAUGGCACACCUACCCCGGAGUUCAAAUACGUGCGCUUCAACACUAACAACAUCAAUCCGUUGUUGGACCUUAACUCCAUUGAUCUGCGAUGCAACGAGGGUGGUCUUGCGUCUGGUCCGCAAACCGAGACGGCUGUCGUUCAAGCAGGAUCCACGGUCGGCUUCACUCUAAGCAAUGCCAUCGGCCACAUAGGCCCCAUGCUGGUCUAUAUGGCCAAAGCACCCGGGGACCCCUCGAACUUCGAUGGCGCCGGAGAGGUUUGGUUCAAGAUCCAUGAAUGGGGCGCAGAUUUCUCCACUGGCUCGAUCAAUUGGCCCCAACUUGGCCUCAUGAGCUACUCCUUCCAGCUUCCCCCCUCUCUGCCUAAUGGCUCGUAUCUGCUCCGAAUUGAGCAUAUCGGUGUCCACAAUGCAGCGAACCCCAACAGCGCGCAAUUCUUCGUCAAUUGUGCCCAGAUCCAGGUGACAGGUGGUGGCAACGGCAAUCCAGGGCCCUUGGUUACGAUUCCUGGUCUCUAUAGCAACGAGGACCCUGGGAUUCAUUUUAACAACUAUUAUCCUCCUCCCAAGUCUUAUAUUAUCCCGGGUCCUCCGGUGUGGUUUGAGUAG